GGUAGCAAGCAACCUCGAGUGUGCAUCACCUUUGACAGCGCGAGUAUAUAGUCGCGCAAGUUUAUCGUGCUUACCCGUGGCUGGAGUGUGUGUGGAGCGCGAUUGUGCUCCCGUUACGGGAAGUCGAUACAUUCGUUUGGCGGGCGGAUGUGCACGAGUGCCGGUUUGGGAUUGUGCGGCAGUGCUGAAGCCGGAAAUCGUCAGGAGAGAAGAUCGCACCGCGUUUAAAUCGACAACUACUACGUCGAAGGGGAAGGGGAAGAGGACACAUCUGAGAUCGAGAGCAUCAUGCAGAACGCGGUAGUCGUCAAGUUGGCGCACAAGCGCUACGCCAAGAACUUACCACCGGUCCUCGAUGGCCUCAACAUGACCGUGCCUCGAGGUUGCAUCUACGGACUGUUGGGCGCAAGCGGGUGCGGCAAAACGACCCUUCUCUCGUGCGUGGUGGGCGUGCGAACGCUCGACAGCGGCGAGCUCUGGGUGCUGGGAGGCAAGCCCGGGCAAAAGGACUCGGGGGUGCCCGGGCCCAGGGUCGGCUACAUGCCCCAGGAAAUAUCCCUCGUCAAGGAGUUCUCGGUCAUCGGGGCGCUGUACUACUUCGGGAGGAUCAACGGCCUCGACGAGGAAGUCAUCGACGAGAGGUUCGAGUUUUUCUCGGAGCUGCUGGAGCUACCCUUCAAGGACAAACUCGUCAAGGACAUCAGCGGCGGCCAACAGAGGCGGGUCUCACUGGCCGCGGCUCUCAUGCACCGACCGGAGCUCCUCAUCCUCGACGAGCCCACCGUCGGCUUGGACCCGAUUUUACGGGAGAAGAUUUGGAACUACUUGGUGAAAGUGGCCCAGGAGGAGGACAUAGCCGUCAUCGUGACGACUCACUACAUCGAGGAAGCCAAAAAAGCCCACAUAAUCGGACUGAUGCGGCACGGCCAACUGUUGGCCGAGACGUCGCCCACCGCGCUGCUCGCCGCGUACCAGUGCGCCUCCCUCGAGGAGGCCUUCCUGAUCCUGAGCAAGCGGCAAAACAACGCCAAGACGAGCGUCAACGAGACGAGGAUCGCGCAAACCGCCACGGCCAACCAAGCGGCGCUUUCGUCCCGAAAAGACCCUCGCGGGAGCACCGAGUUCGUCACGGGCAGCGAGAAACAAUUGCUCGACAAUCCAAAGAGGAUCAAGAAGCGCUCGGCUAAUCCGUUCACGGCCGCCUCCGGCAAGAUAUUCAAAGCUCUGCUGAUUAAAAACAUAUUGCAAUUCGUACGGCAUCCAAGCGUGGUGGCCUUCGCCUUUAUCUUCCCGCUGAUACAGGUGACGUUGUUCUUCUACACGGUAGGCAACGAUCCCCGAGGCAUCGUUAUAAACGUCGUCAACGACGAAGCUGGUAACUGCCGCGACGGCACCUACACCGGCACUGUACUUUACUCGAAGGAGCAGCGCCAGUGCGAGUACAUAGACAUGAGUUGCCGAUUUUUGCACGGCUUUGAUCAAAAAAUCAUAGUCAAGAAAUACCACGACUCCAUGGCCGAGGCGACGGACGAGGUGUAUCGAGGCAAGGCCGCCGGGACGAUGUACUUUGCCAAGAACUUCUCCAAGGCGCUGAUGAUGAGGCGCGAGAGCUUUUACACGAUUAAGAAAUUAGAGGGCAGCCUCUCGGCCAGCGAAAUACAAACGACUCUAGACAUGAGCAAUCAACCGAUCGGCAUAUUCCUGCAAACGGCUCUGUUCGAUCGUUUCGUCGAGGUGUACAAGGAAAUCGUUGCCACCUGCGAUUUACCAAGGAAGUUCGUCCAGCCACCGAUUAAUUUCGAGGAGCCGAUUUACGGAGCCAUGGACCGAAAGUACUCGAAUUUCAUUGCACCUGGAUUCAUACUCACGAUAACAUUCUUCCUGGCAACGGCUGUCUCGUCCUCGAUUAUAAUCGCGGACAAAGCCGAAGGCGUUUGGGAUCGCAGUCUGGUGCAAGGGGUCACGACCUGGGAAAUACUCGCGUCCCACUUGUUCACCCAACUCUUGAUGGUUUUCAUCCAAGUGAGCGUAGUGCUGGGCAUUACUUUCGGCCAUUUCAACCUACCCUGCGAGGGACAGUUCAUCGUGAUCGUUGUCCUGGUUUUUGUCACGGGAGUAUGCGGGUUGUGCUACGGUUUUCUCAUAUCGGUGUACUGCACGUCUCAGACGGUGGCCAACUUCAUAGCGACGGGAAGCUUCUACCCAAUCAUACUGUUGAGCGGUGCCAUUUGGCCUCUGGAAGGUAUGUCGAAUUACCUGCGCUGGGUGAGCUAUUUAAUGCCAACGACCGUAGCCACGUACUCGUUGCGCUGUGUAAUGGACAAGGGCUACGCUUUCACCCAUUUUGACGUCUACAGCGGCUUCAUCGUGAUAAUGUCCUGGACUGUUGGCACGAUUGUGGCAAGUUUCAUCGGCAUCAGGAAAAUAAUGACGUAAUUUCCCGGAGAUGCUGUAAAUUUAGGAAAUUUCUUCUUUUUUUUUUUUCCACUGUGAGCGUGGAAAAUCUCGAGGGAGGAAUGGGGAUGGGAUCGUUUUCCAAAGCUUUUCGUAGACUCGUUUCGAAAAGUUUGUUUUCAUCACUUGAGACGUAGGUUUGAAUUUUUUUCAAAAUGAGGAUCGUUAUGUACCUACAAUCAUCUGGCCGGGAGAGGGGAAUGUAACAUUUUUUUUUUCUUUUUGCGAUUUUGUAUUGAGAUGCAUAGAAAAAGGUGAUACUUGUCGGUUGUGUAGCGUGACGUUUUUUAUGUGAAUUAGUGCCAAUUGUUUACUCGUAAACGAACAAAGCGAUAGAAGAUUGUGGAUAUGUUUUUGUUGAAUUUUUGUUUUCCCCCCAUCAAAAGUUAAUGCAAUUUGACAAUCAGUAGACAAUUCUAAAGGUUAAAGCAAUUUCAAGUAGAAAAGAAAUCUUGCCAAUUUAUCAACCGACUGUCGCAAUUACUAUUUACAAACAGGGUUGUUUUGCAUUGUAAGAUACAUCGUAAGAUUUUUUUCAGCCACCUGGGGAUGCUGGAAACAUGUUUUUUUUUAUCAUUGUUGUUAGCGAUAAUUUAUCACUGUAAAUUGUUUAUGAUAAAUUUAUUUUUACUUUUUAUAAGCAUUAUAUAAGUGGCAAAGACAAAUACAGCCAUUGAAAACAAUUAUUUUACACUCGUUUCAAUUUUAAAUAGCAAUUUAAUCAUUAUCAAUUUCUUUAUUACUGUUACUUUAGUUGUUACUAUUUUAAAUGGAAUUUUUUGGUAAUAUUAAUUUGACAACGCUAGUUUGCUUUUGUCUACAAAAAAUCAACAAGUAAAUUUAACGUAAUAGAUUUUGUAAUGUAAUAAAUAAGAAUAUGUAAGGAGAAGAUCCAUCUUCUUAUUUUAAUAUGUCUCUAGUCAGAAAAAAAAGUAACGUAACAUACACACGCAAUUUUUUCCUGUAUGAAUUAGCAGACACUAUUUUUUUUAUUAUUUCAAUUUUAUAUGUAUAUUUAUCAGAUAUCACUCUAAUUAUACAAGGUCGAUUUAAAAUAAACAAUUUAUAGGCUCAGUCACAAACGUUGGAAGUCUGCAUUGUGUAAGCUUGAAAAUUUGUAAAUAAAUUAAACAAUAAAAUAAAAUAAUUUUUACCAUA